AUGCGUUUUCCAACGAACUCGUCGUCGUCGUCUUUCGAUGACGCGACGGACGAGAACAGUAGUGUUCGAGAAGAAGAAGAAGACCAAAGCGCUUUUUUCAACCGCCGCCAAAGCGUAUUGUUCGUAGCAGCAGUCGCUGGCACGUCUCUUCUCUCCGCCUUUCCCGGUUUUGCCAACGAAACACCAGAGAACGGGGUGUACGACUUCACCGUGAGGCAAUACGGGAAACCGUUUGCGCUCGCGAAAUAUAAAGGGAAAGUGACAGUCAUCGUCAACGUGGCGAGCGAGCAACUGUUCGAGAAAUAUAACAAAGAUGGAUUCGAGAUUAUAGGAUUCCCGGUGAAUCAGUUCGGGUGCCAAGGACCGCUCGGGAGCGACGGCGAACGGAAGCGAGCGCGAGAGAAGUUUAAGAUUGACAGCGAUGGAUUUCAAGUGAUGGAUGAAGUUGCCGUGAAAAAUAGAGGGACGGCGUGUAAAGUGGUUGAUCCGGUGCAGUGGGAGGAGUUCAAGGAUGAUCCAGAUGCGGCGUUAAUGGCGCCGUUAAUUGAUGAUCCAAUCGCGAAGGGACCGGCUGAUCCGUUGUAUAAAUACUUGAAAGAGCAGACUGGAGGGGACGAUAUUCCUUGGAACUACACGAAGUUUUUAGUCGGGCGCGAUGGAAAAGUUCUUAAACGGUAUUCGCCGAGAGAUCCGUUGGACCAAGGAAUCGAAUCCGAUUUGAAAAAAGCUCUCGCGGCGUAA